AUGGCUGCCGAACAACUAUCCGGCGCCCGGGGCAUCCGUUCCCUCACAGACCAGGACGCCUCUGGCCUCCACGCCAUCCUCGGCGACCCCAACUCCCCCAACCAGCAGGGCUCGCCCACUGACAUGGCCAUCCAUGCCCGCAUCUUCUACUACACCCAGCGUGUCGGCGUCAGCAUCGACUUUGCCGCCUACCAGGCCUGGCUUGCCGCCCACCCGGACCACACCCCGCCGGGUAUCCUCCCGCCGGAGUAUCUCGGCGGUGGAACGGCGACGGCGUCGGCGACGGCGUCGGCGGCCCCAGUUCUAGAUUGGCAAAAGGCUGCCCCCAAAACUGAACUUUACGUUGAUCGCACCGCUGCCGCCGCCGCCGCCGCCGCCGCCGCUGCCGGAGACCAGCCUUCCUAUCCCAUGGCUUUUGCUGAGAUGAUCAAACUGCUGCAGGAAGGCAAGGAAGUACCCGGCAUUCGUCAGAUCCCAAACACCAUCAUAAGAGACCCAGCUGUCAAACCCGUCGGCGCUCGCACAGUGCCUCGCAAGCCGUGGGAAAAGAAUGUCCCUGCGCCGUCUGAUGAUACAUACAGAUUAGCUGCUCUGGAUACAGAAUUCCCUCCUGUUGAUUCAACCUCUGGGCAGCCUGGACCAGAAGCUGUAUAA